GCGUGCUGCAUUGUGGGUAAAGACCAGCAGUCUGUUUUCAGCAGCGCGGCGCCAUUUUCGGCUGUGUGAGCACCGUGUGGGAAGUUUACUGUUUUAGUCGUGAUAUUGUUUGAAAUAGUGACAACAGUUUAACGAAAUGGGGCGAAAAAAGAAGAAGCAGAUGAAACCUUGGUGUUGGUAUUGCAACAGAGACUUUGACGACGAGAAAAUUCUUAUUCAGCACCAGAAGGCGAAACACUUCAAGUGCCACAUCUGCCAUAAAAAGCUGUACACUGGACCUGGCUUAGCUAUUCAUUGUAUGCAGGUGCAUAAAGAAACGAUAGAUGGCGUUCCCAACGCCAUACCGGGUAGGGUGGACAUCGAGCUGGAAAUCUACGGCAUGGAAGGCAUUCCAGAGAAGGACAUGCAGGACAGACGGCGGGUCCUUGAACAGAAAUCACAAGACAACCAGAAGAAGAAGAACAACCAGGACGACUCUGACGAGGAGGAUGAGGAUGAGGCCGGCCCCUCCACCUUCCAGCCGCCCCCAGUCGUCGCCCAGCCGCAGCCGGCCUACGCACCCCCGAUGGCACAGCCGGGCAUCCCCCCCGGAGCCAGGCCCCAGGGCAUGCCCCCCGCUGGCUACCCAGGAAUGCCCCCCAUGAUGCCCGGAAUGCCACCGAUGAUGCCCGGAAUGCCCCCUGGAAUGCCAGGAAUGCCGCCAGGGAUGAUGCCGAUGGGUGGCAUGAUGCCGCCUGGCCAUCACGGCAUGCCCCCGAUGAUGCCCGGAAUGCCUCCAGGUAUGCCCCCUCACGUCGUCCGCCCUGGGAUGCCCCCAGGCAUGGGUCCAGGUGUUCCAGGCGGUGCCCCCGGAAUGCCCGCCAGGCCCGCGGUGCCCCCUGCGGCCGCCCCCUCCGCCGUCACCAAGCCCCUCUUCCCCAGCGCUGCUCAGGCUCAGCAGGCAGCGUCGGGGCCUCCGGGGUCGUCAGCCCCCGCCACCUCCGCGCCACCCCCCAAACCAACAUUCCCGGCCUACACCCAGGCUGCUCCCUCCUCUUCCUCCUCCUCUUCCUCCUCCGCCGCCUCCUCGGCGCCUGCUAACGCCCCUAGCAGCAGCUCCGUGGCCAAGCCCCCCGCCCCGGUCACAAGUAAGCCCGCCACCCUCACCACUUCGAGUGCAACCAGUAAGUUGAUGCAUCCUGAUGAGGAUAUCUCGCUGGAGGAGCGCCGGGCGCAGCUGCCUCGGUACGCUCGGCUUCUGCCGCGCGCCGCCGGCCAGGCUAGCAUAGCCGCCGCUCCCACGGGGGCCGCGGCCGCAGCCGGCAUGAUGGCCCCUCAGCAGGCCAUGCCUCCCCAGCAGCCCGCCAUGAGGCACCCCAUGCACGGUCAGUAUGCGGCUCCGCCACAGGGCAUGCCAGGCUACAUGCCAGGCGGGAUGCCCCCGUACGGGCAGGGCGCCCCCAUGGUGCCCCCCUACCAGGCCGGCCCACCCGGCUCCAUGGCCAUCAGGCCACCCGUCAUGUCACCCGGUGGCCGAUACUGACAUAACGUGGCCGUAGCCGUAACUGUGACGUGAUGUCUCACUGCUGGAAACCCCUCUUCCUUCCUCUCACACUAGGUUUGGAGGUUAAACGUAUUAUUUCACCCCACCACCUCUUCCUGUCAACCCAACCCAGUCCCCCUAUAGAUUUUUUGCUUCUUUUUUUUAAAUUAGCCAAUCCAACAAACUUUGUUUAGGGGAAAAGAGAGAGAAAAAAAAAAGAUUUUUGUGGCGAUGAAGAGGAGAGCUACGUGUGGGACUCAACAUCAGCUACGGUUUAACCUCCCGAGUUUGGGAGGAGGAGGAGAAGAAGAAACAGUGGGGGCGAGACAGGAGAGCGUGGGAAGAGGAGCCUGUUCAGGUUGGCUUCACUUCUUUUUCCCCCCCUUCCAGGUUGAUCAGAGACAGUGUAGUGCAAGAAGUAUAAACGAUAGAAAACAGUAUAUCACAGCCCCCACACACACCACCAUCACCCCAUCCUUGGAAGUAGCACCGCGCAGGUCCACCGUUGGCAAAGGCAAGUUCAACAAGUGGGAUGUGUUGUGUGUGCUUGUUUUACGUAUUGAGGCGAAGCCUUCACAGCGCGGUCUCCGUGCUGUUGGACUGUCACGGUCCCCAACAUUACGCUUGGUGAGGGCUUCUUGCUUUCAUGGUUAAUUCAUUUUUCUUUUGUCUUCUCCUGUAAUACAGUACAUUCAGGGUUUAUACUACAUACAAGGUUAACAUGUCUUAUACCUCUGUAUUGUUUUUUUGUUUUUGGAUAAUGGAUUGUAAUAAAAUUUGCUGAAUUUUGUUUUGG